AUGGUGGCUAAUCGGAAAGGUAAAGCAUUAUGCGACCAAAUAAGAGUUUAUAAUGAAACUAGGCUAAUUAAAAAAGAGGGAAAAUUAGGUAUUUUAAACGAAAAGGAGUUAAAAGAAAUUGGAGAAAAGGUUUUAGCUUUAUUAGAUUUUGAGGAGUUGAUAGAUUUCGGUGGAAUUAACCAAGCAAAAACUAAAUAUUUUACUAAUGCUCCGGCACGAAUAAGUAAAGAAAGUUUAGAAAUUGCCAAUCAGGCUAAUUUAAUUAUUCAGCCGGUCAGACCUAGUUUGGAUGACCUAAAUCCUGCCAUCAGAGAAUUUAACGGAUUAUUUAAAGCCGGAAUUCCUAAAAAUAAACUAAAUUUCUUAAUUAAUGCGGUGGGUUCUCCUGCUAUGGAGAAAAACACUCGGGAAUAUUUAUCCCCAGCGGGUUAUUAUAUUUUCCCAAUUGCCUUAGAGGAAAAAGUUUCUUACCAAGAAGCCCAAAACCAAGGAUUGAGUAUUGGGGAAGUUAAAUAUAAAAGAUUACAAGAGCAAGUAAAGGAUUAUCAGAAAGAAAAAGUUAAGACAGAAAAGUGA